GUGAUAUUUUCAGGUUCCGAGUUUCAACGCCAGCGGAUGUGCUCCAACACGCAGAGUACACCAGACCAGACCCCAUUUCAAAAAGUUGGCUUCUCGUUUCCGCGCCCAUACUUCCGUCCGCACAUACUCGCAAAAAAUUCACAAUCCCCUUCUCUUUCUCUGUGGGUGCGAGUGUGUGAAGGGCAAUGGAAGAGGAAGACCACCAAAAGGUCUCAGAUCUGAUCAAAGAGCUGGUCCUACGCUUGCUCUCCCGAAACCCCACCUCCGAUUCGCACGCCCUUGACCCUGAUUCUCCCGAUUUUCGCAACUCUCUUCGCUACGCAGUUCGCUUACUUUCCAGCCGAAUGACCCCCUCCAUUGCCCCCGACGCCGCCGCCAUCGCCGAGUCCAUCAAGCGCCGUCUCGCCACCCAAGGUAAGUCCUCCGAAGCCCUCACUUUCGCCGAGCUUAACUCCAAGUUCGCCUCCAAAACCGGCCUAGGUAGCGUCAAUAACAAAUGGGCUGUCCUUUAUUUGCUCAAAAUCAUAGCCGACGACCGGAAAGCCGCGAAAACCCAGUUAGAUUCCUCGGUUUUGUUGCCCCAUUUGGCGUUAAACAACGCCGAAUCGGGUAAUCGUUAUAGGGUUUCACGUACUCUAGGAAGCAAAGAAGAAGAUUGGAGAAAUGGGGUUUUGUUAGUCUCAAAAGACCCGGAAAAUCGACGUGAAAUUGCAUUUAGGGAGUUCGUGAACUUGGUUAAGGAAGAGAAUGAGGUGUGUGAAGAGGUUUUGGUGAGAGAUGUGUUGUAUGCUUGUCAAGGAAUUGACGGGAGGUACGUCAAAUUUGAUAAAAAUGCUGAUGGGUUUGUUUUACCGGAUUUAGUAAAGGUUCCAAGAGCAACCCGGGUAGUCGUCCAGAAGCUUUGCGAAUUGGGUUGGUUGUUUCGGAAAGUUAAAGGGUAUAUUUCAGAGAGUAUGGAUCGGUUUCCUGCCGAGGAUGUGGGAAUCGUUGGGCAGGCCUUUUGUGCUGCACUGCAGGAUGAGCUUUCAGAGUACUACAAGUUAUUGGCAGUGCUCGAAGCACAGUCGAUGAAUCCUAUUCCGCUGGUUUCUGAGAAGGUGUGCUCUGAAAAUUAUCUUUCAUUGAGGAGACUGUCGGUAUGGUUUGCAGAGCCGACGGUGAAAAUGAGGUUAAUGGCUGUUUUGGUUGAUAAGUGUAGGGUUUUGAGGGGUGGGGCAAUGGCUGGGGCUAUUCAUUUGCAUGCCCAGCACGGUGAUCCACUGGUGCAUGAGUUCAUGAGGCGCUUGCUCCAGCGAGUUUGUUCUCCACUUUUUGAGAUGGUAAGGAGUUGGGUUUUGGAAGGGGAGUUGGAAGAUAUAUUUGCGGAAUUUUUUAUUCUGGGUCAGCCUGUGAAAGCCGAGUCUCUUUGGAGAGAUGGUUACAGGCUCCAUGCUGGGAUGCUUCCUUCAUUUAUCUCACAAUCUCUUGCACAGCGCAUUUUAAGGACUGGUAAGUCGAUAAAUUUUCUUCGGGUUUGUUGUGAGGAUCGUGGUUGGGCGGAUGCUGCAACAGAAGCUGCCACAGCUGCUGGGACUACAACAAGAAGAGGGGGCCUGGGUUAUGGUGAAACUGAUGCCCUUGAGUCUUUGGUUGAUGAAGCAGCAAAGAGGAUUGAUAAGCAUUUGUUGGACGUUAUGUACAAGGAGUAUAAGUUCAAAGAACAUUGUCUUGCAAUUAAGCGGUAUUUACUGCUUGGACAAGGUGAUUUUGUUCAGUACCUAAUGGAUAUUGUCGGGCCAGAGCUUUCAGAGCCCGCUAACACCAUUAGCACUUUUAAACUAGCGGGCUUGCUGGAAACUGCAAUUCGAUCUUCUAAUGCUCAAUAUGAUGAUUCUGACAUAUUGGAUAGGUUGAGGGUUAAGAUGAUGCCACAUGAAACUGGAGAUAGAGGCUGGGAUGUUUUCUCAUUGGAAUAUGAUGCAAGAGUGCCCUUGGAUACAGUGUUUACAGAAUCUGUUAUGGCAAGGUAUUUAAGAAUUUUUAAUUUCCUGUGGAAGUUUAGGCGGGGGGAGCAUGCGCUUAUUGGUGCCUGGAAGACGAUGAAACCAAACUGUAUUACUUCUCAUUCCUUCACUAAGCUGCAGCGUGCUGUCAAGUUCCAGUUGCUUUCAACACUGCGGCGAUGCCAGGUUCUUUGGGAUGACAUGAACCAUUUUGUAACAAACUUGCAAUAUUAUAUCAUGUUUGAAGUCUUGGAGGUGUCAUGGUCAAAUUUUUCGAGUGAACUGGAGGUAGCAAAGGAUCUUGAUGAUCUACUGGCUGCACACGAGAAGUAUCUCCAUUCAAUUGUAGAGAAAUCCCUCCUUGGAGUACGUUCCCAAACCCUUUGCAAGUCACUCUUUUUGCUCUUUGAUCUUAUAUUGCGGUUCCGAAGUCAUAUCGAUCGAUUAUAUGAAGGCAUAUGUGAGCUAGAAGCAAGAAUGGAAUCCUCUUUACCCUCUCGAGACAAGAGCAAAUCACGGAGGCCAGUAAGUGAUAAAGCUUCAGAACCUGGGUCCUGGAUAAGUGAUGGCAGGAAGGCCCUCACACAACGUGCCGGUGAAUUUUUUCGAAACACGGGACAAGAAUUGGAUGAAAUAGCAAAGGAAUAUUCAUUGCUGCUUGAGGACUUCCUUUCUCAGUUGCCUGUGCAGCAGCAUGUUGAUCUAAAGUUCCUACUGUUCCGGCUUGACUUCACUGAAUUUUAUAGCCGGUCUGGUCCUAGUUUAUAGAAAAUAAGUUGACGUGUUAGAGUUUGAGGAAAGUUUCCACGAUCAAAGCAUAAAGAAAAUGCUUCAAUUUGCUAAUUGCUCCUGCCCAAGUGACUGAAACAAUCAUAUUCAUCGGGGCUGGCUGACUUCAGGACAAUAUAACAGUUCAUGUUUAGUUGCUCUAAUUCGAUGGUGGUUGCUCUUUUCUGAUGGCUUUAUGUGGAAGUUUGAUUGACUUGAAGGUAUAUAGAUUAGGGGGUGAAUUGUGGUAGUGUUUAUCUGAUAUGUGAAUGAUUUUCUUUGGGAAGAUUUCUUGCGACUUUCACAAGCUGUGCAUCCAGAGCUUGGAUACUGUACCAUAAGUUUUAUAUUGUCUAAUGAUAAGCAAUGUGUGUUUACCUAUC